CAUGUAUAAAUCUGUCCUAUAAUUAUCCACAAAGCACAUGCUGUAAUGUCAGAGUAGUAUACACAUGGCAAAUCUUACCUAGAUGGAUUUAAUCACAUUAUUUUUUGUGUUUAUUCUUUGUUUUGUGGACUUUACGACUCCCAAUAGGAAUGAUGACAUGUGGGAAGCACUGUCGUUAAGAUUUGGAGUAUGGAAGGAGCUACCUCGUACAUCCCAUGAAGCUGAGCGAAAAGGCUACAACAGAGUUAAUGAUAUCUGCAAAACUAACCAAUACCAUGGGUUUUUGUAUAGAAGAUUAGGAGAUACAAAAGAUAUACCAAUAUAUGAUUUAAAUGGCUGGAUAGCUGGAAUUCAAGCUAUGAUUCCAGCUUAUAUGAAAGGUUAUAACUCACUAAAUGAAACAAUAGCUUUACCACCGUAUGAUAUUAUGCCUCCGUUGUUAUAUGGUCGUGACCCACAUGAACCUGGUAGAACAUUUUAUACAAUAACAGCUUAUUUCAAACAUCCCCAAUUAGUGUGCAAUCCAAUAGCAAAACACCAUAUACAGACAGGGAAAGGGCUUUAUAUACAAACAGGAAUUGACCCAAUAAUUAGUCAUAUGUCUAUACCAUUAGAAUCAAAACAACUUGGUCCAAUGUGGGUCCAGGGUCCAUGUGUACCUAGGAUGGGUACUCACUAUUUCUAUAACUUAUCAAGAAGUUUACCAUGUGAGAAAAUUUACCCGGUAUUCCUAAUGUACGACAGUGAGGGCAAACUGGGAGCUUUUGGUUGGUCAUUCCAAGGAUUUGCCCUAGACAGUAGCCAAUCAGAUUUGUCUUGGUUUAAACUACGUCCUGAGACAUAUCAGUUUACCUUCGACACAAACAAGUUACCACCGUGUAUGUUUAACGAAAAUUUCCAAGUUUUUGGAAUUCAUAUUUGGUUAAAAGAUCCAAAUUCUGAUACAAUGUUGUGUAAAAUUAUACAAAGGCCACAGCAAAGACUAACUUCAACAAGAAAGCCAGAUAAAAUAACUUAUAAAACUGGUUACAGAGACAAUCAUAUUAUAAACGCUGAUAGAAAUACUGACAAUGUUUCCAGUCGAAACACCUUACAUUACACUCUUAUUGUUUUAAUUAUUUUAUCUUGCUAUCAUAUUUUACAACUGUGACCAUAUAAGCCACUUUUUAUCGCUGUUUUCUUUGUUAAAAAAUUAUAUUUUUAUUGAUGACAGAGGGGGAGUAACUCUGAAUUGAAAAAAAUCAUUGUCAGGUUCCAUUUAGAGUGAUUUCCCCUUACCAUUAUGAAUUCCAUUUCUGACAGAGAGAAGAAAACUCAGUUUUCAAGAUGUAAAAUUUAUACUUAAUAAACUAGCAAGUAUCAAAAUGCAUUUUUCAUUUUCUUAACAUAACAAGUCAAAACUGUGAAUUUCCCAGUGAUUAUUCUACUUAACAACCAUCACAGUCUCACUGAAUGUUUUUAAAUAUCUUUUAAACUCAUUUCAAUGGGUUGGUUCUUAAAAGAUUUUGGUCCAAAAUGUUUUUUAAGUUGUGUGCAAUUUUCAAAAAACUUAUUCUGGAAAGGGGAUAUCUUAUGAAUUGCUUAAUCCAUUACCUGCUGCAAUUUACCAGUAAAUUUUACAGAAUUUCCCCUAUCUGUUGUUUAUAAAAAUGAAACCUACAUUUUCAUUAUAAUUUUUUCUCAUUUACUUCAUUCAUUAUAUUUUUCAAUGCACAUACUGUGUGUUUAAAUUUGUUGACAGUUUUUAAAGUAACUUUUUCUCAUUUUCCAUCUGAUUAUUUCUUAUAUAAUAAGCCACACAAGGAAAAAUAAUCUCUAAUAUCUAGAAGUUUGUCACUAAAAGUAAGCUUCUAUAUUAACCAUCCACAAAAACUGAGACAUAAUCUAACAUACUGUUUGAGCUUUAACCUUCAUUUCAUAAAGAUAACAUGGUGCUUCUAAAUGUAUUUUCAUAACUGUUGCACAUCAUUUUCAUCCAUUCACUGUCAAUGUCUGUUUAAUUAUGUUAAGUUAUCUCCCUUUACAUGAUAUCAUUUCACAGAGUUAUCUCCCUUUACAUGAUAUCAUUUCACAGAGUUAUCUCCCUUUACAUGAUACCAUUUCAAAGAGUUAUCUCCCAUAGAUCAUUGAAUUCAUAGAAAAUAUUCAGGGAGAUGAUCUAACUACUGUACAAUUUCUGUUCUGUGUAAAAUUUUAUCAUAGUAUGGUGCAACUUUUUUUAACAUGUAUUUUGUACUCCUCAAGUGCCCUAUAAUGUUUGUUUGUGCUCACUUUUUAUAAUUAUUAAAUGAUACAUGGUUUCUAAUCCUAUGCAUGAUUUUGUUCAAAUCAUCUUAUGUGGUACAAAAGUGUUAUUCCCCCAUUUCUACAUACAUGAGCAACUCUGAAUAAAUGAUGUCAUUAGUUUAUAGCAAAAACAUUUGUUAUCAAUAAUGGAUUAAAAAUUUUUAAUCAUGCUGUAUUUUUUACUGUUGAUUCAUUAUUAUUCGUUGAAUACCAAUUUUCUUUGAUUUCGUGGGAACAGGUGAACCACAAAUUUAAAUGUUCAACAAAUUACAAAUUUUCUAUAGGCUUGUAUGCCGACUUUGGAAAAACCACAAAAUUAAAUAUCCACGAAAAUGUAAGUUUUCCUCAAUCCACGAAAAUUGGUACUCACGAAAAUAAAUGAAUCCAUAUUGUUUUUGUGAAUAGACCCCAAAAUUGUUUCAAGCUUGUUUGGGUGCUGGGUUUUUUCUAGAUCUUUAUUCUUUCAAGAUUAAAAUAUUGUUUUGCAUAUUUAUUUAGAGUUCUCCAAAAAACAAAGACUUUCAAGUAAUACAACCUAAUUGUUAUUAAUUUGCAAUAACCAAAAAUGAAUGUUCCUGUAAGCUUUUGUGCAUAAUGGGAAAGGUAUAAACCCUCUUUCAAACAUGAUUGUUCUAUGCAGUCAACAAGUGAGGCAAAAUUCUUGUAUCAAGAGUUUAAGAGUCCCUGAUAAUGUUUGUUGUCAUUUAUAUCACUCAUAUACCAUAGUUAAGUCCAAUGAAAAUAUCUACAUAGAGGACAACAGACAUGUAAAAGAAAUCAGGUCAAAGUGAAUGUUAUCAUUUUUUUAGGUAGUUUUCUUGAUAUUUUUAGGACAUUAAUAAUCAUUCCUCUCAUUAAAGCAUAGAUUUGUGAUACAACAUCUCAUUAAAAUGUCUGUAGUCAUCUUUUGUGUGCGAUCUUUUAUUUGGUGAUUUAUACAUGCCUUAACUUAUUGUCCAAAAAUCAACAACAGAGAGUGUGAACUAUGGUAUGUGUAAUAUUGUGUCCUUGUUUCCCAGUUUUUGCAUGCUUAUCAACAUUUCAGAUGAGACAGGACUUCAGAAAAUUGAGAAUUUUUUUUUCAUAUUAGAAGAAGAAAAUAUACAUAUCAUCCUCAUCAAAUUUACCUGCCAAUGUUGUCAUACUUUUUAAAUGUAAGCUUUUCAUAUUUCAAUUGGCUGGCUACCAUUUUGUCCAUUAGAGCCAAUCAAAAUUGUUCAAAGUAAAAUCUUAAUUUGAAAUUGGUAAUGUGAUGACAGGGGUAUUUUUUUCUGAAAAACAGUACAUCAUUAUUCAAAUCUGUCUUCUCGAAGCAUGCAAAUAUUGGGACACACAUUAUAUGUUAAAGACUUUUUCGAUUCAGAUUUUGUGAUACAAGUAUUAAGUCUAAGACGCCUUUCUCCAAAACUGAAAUAGUCUUUGUAAAAAUACUCUUUCUGUAGCAAUUUGUAGAGUUGUAUUUAAUAACAGAGUUGAACAAACUUUGAAAGCUUUUUUUUAUAAUAAAACAGUUGCAACAACAAAUCCUUUUAGUAGCUUAUAAGAUCACAAAGCUUUAAAUAUGAUAUCUUUUCAAUAAAUAUAGUUGACAUUUCUUGUUUUAUAUUUUGUUAUGUGUGUUGCUCAAGCUUAAUAGAGUAAAUACACUUCUUGUUUUAUAUGUGUGCUUGUUGGUGUGUGGUAUGGGAAUGGUUAAUGGUGUGUGAUGUGUAAUUGUGUACAUGGGAGGUGUGUGAAUACAUAGGUUGAGUGUACAACUUUGUUAAUGUAUAUUUGUUUGAAAUUUGUACACAAAUUGUGGAAAAAAUGUUGUAAAUGAUAAAAGAUUCAAAUAAAAUUAUAUCAUAAAAUCUUAAA